UCAGCCAAAAAAAGGGGGUACUUAUGUAUGGCAGAACGGGCCAACCUGGUCUUUCAUAAUAAAGAGAUAGACGGAACUGCUAUGAAACGGCUUAUUAGCAGAUUAAUAGAUCAUUUCGGAAUGGGAUAUACAUCCCAUAUACUGGAUCAAAUAAAGACUCUGGGCUUCCAUCAAGCCACUACUACAUCGAUUUCUUUAGGAAUCGAGGAUCUUUUAACAAUACCCUCUAAAGGAUGGUUAGUCCAAGACGCGGAACAACAGAGUUUUCUUUUGGAGAAACACUAUUAUUAUGGAGCUAUACACGCGGUAGAAAAAUUACGCCAAUCCGUUGAGAUAUGGUAUGCUACAAGUGAAUAUUUGAAACAAGAAAUGAAUUCGAAUUUUCGAAUAACGGAUCCUUCUAAUCCAGUCUAUCUAAUGUCUUUUUCAGGAGCCAGAGGAAAUGCAUCUCAGGUACACCAAUUAGUAGGUAUGAGAGGGUUAAUGGCGGAUCCUCAAGGACAAAUGAUUGAUUUACCUAUUCAAAGCAAUUUACGCGAGGGACUUUCUUUGACAGAAUAUAUAAUUUCCUGCUACGGAGCCCGAAAAGGGGUUGUAGAUACUGCUGUACGAACAGCGGAUGCUGGCUAUCUUACACGUAGACUUGUUGAAGUAGUUCAACAUAUUAUUGUGCGUAGAAGAGAUUGUGGUACUAUCCAAGGUAUUUCUGUGAGUCCUCAAAAUGGGAUGACGGAAAAACUUUUUGUCCAAACACUAAUUGGUCGUGUAUUAGCAGACGAUAUAUAUAUUGGUUCACGAUGCAUUGCUUCUCGAAAUCAAGAUAUUGGAAUUGGAUUAGUCAAUCGAUUCAUAACUGCCUUUCGAGCACAACCGUUUCGAGCACAACCAAUAUAUAUUAGAACCCCCUUUACUUGCCGGAGCACAUCUUGGAUCUGUCAAUUAUGUUAUGGGCGGAGUCCCACUCAUGGGGAUCUGGUCGAAUUGGGGGAAGCUGUAGGUAUUAUUGCGGGUCAAUCAAUUGGGGAGCCGGGGACUCAAUUAACAUUAAGAACUUUUCAUACUGGUGGAGUAUUCACAGGGGGUACUGCCGACCUUAUACGAUCCCCCUCGAAUGGAAAAAUCCAAUUCAAUGAGGAUUUGGUUCACCCCACACGUACCCGUCAUGGGCAGCCUGCUUUUCUAUGCUAUAUAGACUUGCAUGUAACUAUUCAGAGUCAGGAUAUUCUACAUAGUGUGAAUAUUCCGUUAAAAAGCUUGAUUCUAGUGCAAAAUGAUCAAUAUGUAGAAUCUGAACAAGUAAUUGCGGAGAUUCGUGCCGGAACGUCCACUUUGCAUUUUAAAGAAAAGGUACAAAAGCAUAUUUAUUCCGAAUCAGACGGGGAAAUGCACUGGAGUACUGAUGUUUACCAUGCGCCCGAAUAUCAAUAUGGUAAUCUUCGUCGAUUACCAAAAACAAGCCAUUUAUGGAUAUUGUCAGUAAGUAUGUGCAGAUCCAGUAUAGCAUCUUUUUCGCUGCACAAGGAUCAAGAUCAAAUGAAUACUUAUUCUUUUUCUGUUGAUGGAAGAUAUAUCUUUGACUUCUCAAUGGCUAAUGAUCAAGUAAGCCAUAGACUGUUGGAUACUUUUGGUAAAAAAGAUAGAGAAAUUCUUGAUUAUUUAACGCCAGAUCGAAUCGUGUUCAACGGUCAUUGGAAUUGUUUCUAUCCUUCCAUUCUUCAAGAUAAUUCAGAUUUGUUGGCGAAAAAGCGAAGAAAUAGGCUCGUCGUUCCAUUACAAUAUCAUCAAGAACAAGAAAAAGAGCGAAUAUCCUGUUUGGGUAUUUCAAUGGAAAUACCCUUUAUGGGUGUUUUACGUAGAAAUACUAUUUUUGCUUAUUUUGACGAUCCACGAUACAGAAAAGAUAAAAGGGGUUCAGGAAUUGUUAAAUUUAGAUAUAGGACCCUGGAGGAAGAAUAUCGGACCCAAGAGGAAGAGUAUAGGACUCGAGAGGAAGAAUAUCGGACUCGAGAGGAAGACUCAGAAGACGAAUAUGAGAGCCCAGAGAACAAAUAUAGGACCCGAGAGGGAGAGGGCGAAUAUAAAAUCCUAGAAGACGAAUAUAGGACUCUAGAGGACGAAUAUGAAACCCUAGAAGAUGAAUAUGGGAUCCUAGAGGACGAAUAUAGGACUCUAGAGAAAGACUCAGAGGAAGAAUAUGGGAGCCUAGAGAACAAAUAUAGGACUCGAGAGGGAGAGGGCGAAUAUGAAAUCCUAGAGGAAGAAUCAGAAGAAGAAUAUGGGAGCUCUGAAGAUGGCUCAGAGAAGGAAUAUGGGACUUUAGAAGAAGACUCAGAAGAAGACUCAGAGGAAGACUCAGAAGACGAAUAUGGGAGCCCGGAGGAAGAUUCUAUCUUAAAAAAAGAGGGUUUUAUUGAGCAUCGAGGAACAAAAGAAUUUAGUCUAAAAUACCAAAAAGAAGUAGAUCGGUUUUUUUUCAUUCUUCAAGAACUGCAUAUCUUGCCGAGAUCCUCAUCCCUAAAGGUACUUGACAAUAGUAUUAUUGGAGUCGAUACACAACUCACAAAAAAUACAAGAAGUCGACUAGGUGGAUUGGUCCGAGUGAAGAGAAAAAAAAGCCAUACAGAACUCAAAAUCUUUUCCGGAGAUAUUCAUUUUCCUGAAGAGGCGGAUAAGAUAUUAGGUGGCAGUUUGAUACCACCAGAAAGAGAAAAAAAAGAUUCUAAGGAAUCAAAAAAAAGGAAAAAUUGGGUUUAUGUUCAACGGAAAAAAUUUCUCAAAAGCAAGGAAAAGUAUUUUGUUUCGGUUCGACCUGCAGUCGCAUAUGAAAUGGACGAAGGGAUAAAUUUAGCAACACUUUUCCCGCAGGAUCUCCUGCAAGAAGAGGAUAAUCUCCAACUUCGACUUGUCAAUUUUAUUUCUCAUGAAAAUAGCAAGUUAACUCAAAGAAUUUAUCACACGAAUAGUCAAUUCGUUCGAACUUGCUUAGUAGUGAAUUGGGAACAAGAAGAAAAAGAGGGAGCUCGUGCUUCUCUUGUUGAGGUAAAAACAAAUGAUCUAAUUCGCGAUUUCCUAAGAAUUGAGUUAGUCAAGUCUACUAUUUUGUAUACACGAAGAAGGUAUGAUAGGACAAGUGUAGGAUUGAUUCCCAAUAAUAGGUUAGAUCGCAACAAUACCAAUUCCUUUUAUUCCAAGGCGAAGAUUCAAUCACUUAGCCAACAUCAAGAAGUUAUUGGCACCUUGUUGAAUCGAAAUAAAGAAUAUCCAUCUUUGAUGAUUUUGUUGGCAUCCAACUGUUCUCGAAUUGGUUUAUUCAAGAAUUCUAAAUAUCCCAAUGCGGUAAAAGAAUCGAAUCCUAGAAUUCCUAUUCGAGAUAUUUUUGGGCUCUUAGGCGUUAUUGUACCUAGUAUAUCGAAUUUUUCUUCAUCUUACUAUUUAUUAACGCAUAAUCAGAUCUUGUUAAAAAAAUACUUGUUCCUUGACAAUUUGAAACAAACCUUACAAGUACUUCAAGGACUUAAAUACUCUUUAAUAGACGAAAAUAAAAGGAUUUCGAAUUUUGACAGUAACAUCAUGUUGGAGCCAUUCCAUUUGAAUUGGCACUUUCUCCAUCAUGACUCAUGGGAAGAGACAUUGGCAAUAAUUCACCUUGGACAAUUUAUUUGUGAAAAUUUAUGUCUAUUUAAAUUACACAUAAAAAAAUCUGGUCAAAUUUUCAUUGUUAAUAUGGACUCCUUUGUUCUAAGAGCAGCUAAGCCUUAUUUGGCCACUAUAGGAGCAACUGUUCAUGGUCAUUAUGGAAAAAUCCUUUACAAAGGAGAUAGGUUAGUUACGUUUAUAUAUGAAAAAUCGAGAUCCAGUGAUAUAACGCAAGGUCUUCCAAAAGUAGAACAAAUCUUCGAAGCGCGUUCAAUUGAUUCACUAUCGCCGAAUCUCGAAAGGAGAAUUGAGGAUUGGAAUGAACGUAUACCAAGAAUUCUUGGGGUUCCCUGGGGAUUCUUGAUUGGAGCUGAGCUAACCAUAGCCCAAAGUCGUAUCUCUUUGGUUAAUAAGAUCCAAAAGGUUUAUCGAUCCCAAGGGGUACAGAUCCAUAAUAGACAUAUAGAGAUUAUUAUACGCCAAGUAACAUCAAAAGUAAGGGUUUCCGAAGAUGGAAUGUCUAAUGUUUUUUUACCUGGGGAAUUAAUAGGACUAUUGCGAGCGGAACGAGCAGGGCGGGCUUUAGAUGAAUCGAUCUAUUAUCGGGCAAUCUUAUUGGGAAUAACAAGGGCUUCCCUGAAUACCCAAAGUUUCAUAUCUGAAGCAAGUUUUCAAGAAACUGCUCGAGUUUUAGCAAAAGCUGCCCUACGAGGUCGUAUUGAUUGGUUGAAAGGUCUGAAAGAAAACGUAGUUCUGGGGGGGAUUAUACCUGUUGGUACCGGAUUCCAAAAAUUUGUGCAUCGUUCCCCACAAGACAAGAACCUUUAUUUAGAAAUUCAAAAAAAAAAUCUAUUCGCGUCGGAAAUGAGAGAUAUUUUGUUUCUCCAUACAGAAUUAGUUUCUUCUGAUUCUGACGUAACAAACAAUUUCUAUGAAACAUCAGAGACCCCGUUUACCCCUAUUUAUACGAUUUAAGUAUACAUAAAGCAAUUUUUUUUA